AUGGCCGACGCGAUCGGAUAUCCCGUGCCUGGCCCAGCACCCGCACAGGCACCGGCACCAACCGCGCCUCCGCCUGUGCAAUUCAAUGCGGUGCCGAUGGGCUCGUGGACGACGGGAUGCUUCGGCUGCUUUGAGGACAUUAACGUUUGUUGCUGCUCUUUCUGGUGUCCCUGCGUCGCUUUCGGUCGAAUCGCCGAAAUCGUGACCGACGGUAACGUGGAUGCGCAGGAGGCGUGCGUGAUCUGGUGCUUCGUGGAUGCUUGCCUUCUGGCAGCAUGCGUAUAUUCAUUCGGUUUCCGAACGAAGCUGAGGGCCAAGUACAACCUGCCCGGCGAUACCAUCAAAGACUUUUGCCUCGACUGGUGCUGUGGAUUCUGCUCCUUCUCGCAGCAGUACCGCGAGCUCCAGAAUCGCGGAUGGGCUGUCGCAGACGGUUACAAGGCGAACAUUCAGCGAUUUCAAGCCGGUAAUAACACGGCACCUGAGGGCCAGUUUAUGUCAAAGUAG